CAUUUGCGUGUGCGCGAUCAGCUAUUCGAUGGUGGUGGUUCAGCUUAUAUUGUCUAUUUUUGUUAUUCUUUGCCUCCAAAUUUUCGGCGGCAAAGUUGAUGUUUUCGCGCCAGCUUUUCCGAUGUUGAYGGUCGCGUUUGCAUGCGAGRCGUUACUCGCCGCGUGGAUGCAGUUUAUAGUUUUGACAUUUCAUUGCGGUAUUGUGGUCGUGAAGUGCGCGCAGCCAGUGGCUAACUUUUGAUUGUAUUUUACAAGAUCUAUGUUUCGCAAUUGGAAAGUAGUUAGUGAAAGGGUAAUAGAAGCCCUCAGCUUACUAGAGUCUUUAAUUUAUACAAAUAAGCGCACAAACCAUUAUUAUUUUGCACUAAAGUAUGCUAAAAACUGAAUAGUUCACGCUUAAAAGUCCAUAUAAUACAUAUACGUACGAUCGGAUAAGGUUUAMAAUUUUAUACCUCCUGGAAAUGAAAAUUAGUCAAUUAAUACCCGCUCAAGUCAAAAAUGAGUUAUAACAUGAACACAUUUUACAAUAAGGUUGAAAAGAAUCGGAGUAACGAAAUCUGUACUGUAAGUCCUAGUGAACCAACUAGUAGCCAUAAAAACAAAAGUGACCACAAGAGUUAUAAAAUGCAAAAUACCUCAAAGCAUCGUCAAAGUAAACUUCCAUAUAAUGUAGAAAAUCGCGGAAAAAUUACAUCAACUGAUGAAAACUCUAAUACAACGCCAAUGUAYGCAACGUCCUCUUGGUCCCAGCCACCAAUAACGUCGAAAUCGUUACAAUAUAAACACUUGUUAGAGGACUCACCAUCAAAGUCUACAGUUACGUCAUUGGAAACUGCGGAUAUAUCAGCAUUUGAAGCGUCGUCAACAUCACCAUCAUCGUCUUCAGUAGAUUCGGUGUUGUUACGUGGCUGGUCUCCAGUGCCGACUACAUCUACAGAUACCUCGCACUGGUAUGCUAAAAUUAAUAAUCGCAGGGAAACCAGCAAGCGUAAAAGACAAGAUUCCCUUAAUGAAGCGCAACAUGAUCCCGACCUAGGUUGCGAUUUACCGACGGCUAAGCGUAAGCAAACGCUACCCUCGCCAUAUACAAGUGAUGUAAGUUCUGUGGCAUCAUCGGUGUAUCCAUCGCCAAUUGAUGUGUUCUCUCAUGAAAUCGACACGCGCAGUUCUUGCGACUACCUCUCAGCCGGAACCGACUUUGAGGCCACUGCGGAUUGCAUACCCGACAGUCCAAGCAGUUUACGGCCAGACGAUGAAGUCAUCGACGUGGAGGAUGACGAAAUUGUAUCUGCAACGACAUCACCAUCUUCGGAAUGUUCAACCAGUUGUUUCAAAGAUGCGCAUCAUUUAUAUAAAAUGCACGCCGUCGCCCAAUUAGGAGAACGUACCCCUGGCCAAAUUACUGAAAACACAGAUAAAAUUGUCGAAACAAAUUUGGUUAAGGUAUACGACGAUGACUAUACAGGUACACCAUAUAAUUGUAUGACACCGGCAGCGGAACCAGAAGAGUUGCGACAAUGUCCCUUACCUGCAUUAAGUUGGGCAAAUGCAUAUGAUGUUUGGCAAUUGAUGUGCAAAAAGGAUCAACAAGCAGCCUGUUUACGCUCAGGUUCAAUGUUGGAACGACAUCCCAGCUUACAGCCGCGUAUGCGUGCUAUCCUGCUUGAUUGGUUGAUUGAGGUUUGCGAGGUAUACAAACUACAUCGCGAAACCUACUACUUGGCAGUGGACUACUUGGACCGCUAUCUAAGUACGCAAAAGAAUGUACAGAAAACUCAUCUGCAGCUGAUUGGCAUUACUUGUCUUUUUGUCGCAGCGAAAGUUGAAGAAAUAUACCCGCCCAAAAUUGGUGAAUUCGCCUAUGUGACGGAUGGCGCAUGCCAGGAAUCAGAUAUAUUGCAACAUGAAGUGCUUCUACUGCAAACGCUCGAUUGGAGUAUAAAUCCGGUUACACCAAUGGGGUGGUUAGGUGUUUAUAUGCAAUUAAAUGUGAAUAACCGUACUCCGGCGUCGUUUAAGCGUAACACAUACAAAGCCAAAUCRACGGCGACAACAGACGAGGCAUAUAAGAACGAUGCCUUUAUUUACCCGCAAUUUUCAGGAAUGGAAUUUGUACAAACUGCUCAAUUAUUGGACCUAUGCUCACUGGAUUUAGGUAUUGCCGACUAUGGUUAUUCCAUUAUUGCUGCAGCGGCCAUGAGUCACACUUUUAAUAGAGAGAUAGCGUUGCGUUGUUCGGGAUUCGAUUGGCAAACGAUUGAGCCAUGCGCGCGCUGGAUGCGACCUUUUUUCGAAGUUAUACGCGAAGAGUCUACUUACCUGCCCAUGUCGGAACAAAAUGAACAAUUCACAAAUCGUUUCGGYUUAGGUCAUAUAUGCCCCAAUAUUAUAACCGACGACUCGCAUAUAAUACAAACUCACACAAUAUCAAUGGGAAUGUUUGAUCGCACUGCACAAUUACAGGAGAUUGCUUUGACAACUAAAAACCGUACAGAGGCGUCUCCAGCUACUGGUUUAUUAUGCCCAGAUGGUUUGUUGACGCCUCCGGCGUCAAGUCGAAAACCGGUUGAUGUGACAGAUGUCGACGAAGAUCCUGAUCCAACUUCCAUUCAACGGAUAAGCACGAAAGUUAAAACAUGUAAAAACUCUUUAACCAAAUCUACAAACUCAGCAGUUGAAGUUGCAGUUAGUGCAGAAAAAAAUGUGCUCACGUAAACCUCAAGUAAAAUAAUACAUAGUAUAUACAGAAAUACCCUUAUAAACAAUCUAAUCAAGUAAAUUAUUCAAAAUAUUAUAAAUACCAUAUAUUAUACGUUUAAACGUUUAGCAAAAUUAAAUUUAAUUUAGUCAUUAAUGUAGUAGUCAAAUAAAAAAAUAAUAAUUUUAAUGUUUAUAAGGCUUAUGUUUAAACAACUAAAAUAACAUGUAAAUAAUAAUUAUAUUAAAACACAUGAAAGUAAGUUAAUUUGCGAGCUGUUGAUAAUUUUAGGGAUAACUUUGCUUGCAACAUUUUUAGAGGAAAUGAUUAAUGUGCCGUUUUAAGGUGUUAUUGUUCAAAGUAGUUAAAUGCUACAAACUUAUGGUGCAAAGCAAUUUGUUUUUUUUUUUUAAUUGUAGUUAAAUAUAAAAACAUCCUAAGUGAAUCAUCGCAUUUCAAAAAAUCACUCGUGAAUAACAAUAAAAAAUAACAUAUACUAGCAUUUCAUCGCUUUAUAUAUAUUAAUUUCAGGCCAACAUUUCUAUUACUCGUACUAACACACUAACAUAGUUUGUCAUAAGUUGAGGGACACUCAUUUCAUCGCCUUCACCAAUGACUUAUGGUGAUACACUCAUUUAUAUAUAUGUAUGCAUUUUUUAAGCAAAUGUUUUAUUAUACGAACGCUAUCCAAAAAGGUGCAUAUCUUAUAACAACAUAGUCAUAAUUUUAGUGAAACAUUCCAAAAAUAGCAUUCGGUGAGAGAUUUGAAAUUUUUCAUGUUAUAUUUUCGCUUCAUAUUUCAAAAUCAUACUUAUAAAAACACCUUUUCAAAGUUAUAUCCUACAUAGUUGAUAUUAUGCAAAAAUAUUUUGUAAAUCUACACAAGCUAAUAAAAGUGCAUAAAAAAGGCUCAAAUAAAACUCUGAACUGAACUGUUAAAGUUUAUAACAGUAUCCGCUAAUAGAAAAA